GUCGUCUAAAAAUGAAGGGUAUACUAACAGUGGCUGGUGGAGCCUUUAUUCAUGUGGCGUUGGGCAUAUUGUUUACAUUUGGAGGCCGAAGGUCAAACAGGAACAAAUAUUCGAGAAAAAAACGUAGCCGAUGUGUUUAUGUAAAUGAUCGCGUAAGGCUGAUUCGUGUACGAAAGGAAAGUGUCUCUCUGCUCAACUGUAUAGUAUAGCGCAUGAAUGAAUGAUAUACACUACGCAGGAAUGCGAUACAGUUGAAGUGGAAAACUAAUUGCCGUAGCGAAUAACCUGAGGAAUGUGCCAAUAUCUCUGCUUUCAUGAAAGCAACAUUGUAUGACUUUGAAGGUCUAACAAGAUCAAGUUUCACCAAUACCUCGUCGUAUAUUCAUAGCAUCCGCGCUUUUGGUCACUGCAAUCUCAUUUUAUAAUUUUAAAAUUAACCAUCAGCAUCGUUAUCAUACUACUACUUACCAUAUCGCUCUUUUUUGCGCAUUUUUUUCCCUGCUGAUAGGUAACAUCAAUCUAUACAUCACAUCGUAUCUUCGAUUUCGAUCGUCAAGUGUGUCAGUGGAAUAUUCCGACAGUAUGCUGAUUAUGGGUUGUAUACAAAUCUCAAUGCAUAUAGCGUUGAUGUUUGGUGGAGUAAUUGAACUUAAACUUGGUGCAAGAAUUACAAGCUUCCUGGGGGGACUUUUAUUGAGUUUGGGCCUGGUAAUGACUUAUUUCACAGCAAGACAUUCUUUCGCUGCGACUUCAGUGAGCUACGGUUUGACAUUUGGCUUAGGAAUUGGAAUUGGGUAUUCGUCCUCACUUGGCCGAGCAAUGCAGUGGUAUCCGAAUAAUAAAGGUCUUGUUGGUGGGCUUGUCAUUGGUGGUUCGGGUGUUGCAGCUAUUAUGUUCAGUGCAUUGGAAACUGGAUAUACCAAUCCAAACAAUCUCGUCCCAAACGUUACAAUAGAACCAAACAAUGAUAAAUUUUUUGGUGAAGCAGAGGUGCUAGAUCGUGUUCCAUAUUUAUUUUUGCUUCUUGGUGUUGUGUGUUUUGCGUUGUGUUCUAUUGGAGCAAUGUUGUUGUUUGAGCCACCACCAGUUAAUGUUAUGGAAGAGACUAAAGAGGGGAGAACGCUCUUUCAAGAAUUGACCCAUAUAGACGACUUCACUGAAGAAGAUGGCUUAUUCGAAAACGAAAUAGAUGCACCAGGCGAUAUACCUCCGCUGCAAAUCAUCAAGAAAAAACAGUUUUGGAUAUUGUGGUUCCUGUCACUAGUGAAUGGGGAGGCAGUGAUAUUCAUAACGACAUUUUAUAAGGCAUACGGAGUGACGUUCAUUUCAAAUGAUCAUUUCUUAGCGUUGGUUGGAUCUGUCGGGACAGGAUUUAUUAGUGUCGGUAGAAUAUCCUGGGGGGUUGUUGCUGAUAGAUUACCCUUGAAGAUUGGUCUUAUCAUUCAAAAUGGCAUCAUGUUAUUUCUAUUGUUGACAUUUACAUUGUCUGAAAAGGCGGGAAAAUGGAUGUAUUUUAUUUGGGUUGUCACAAUGUUUACGACAAUGGCUGGUACGACAACGUAUUUAACAGCUGCAACUGCCGCGACGUUUGGUCUGAAGUAUUUUGCAACAAAUUAUGGCUUAGUCUCCAGUUCAAUGAUACCUGGUGGAAUUCUUGGAUCAAUUCUAUCGCAAUAUCUCAGUGAUCUUAUAGGAUGGUGGGGGAUUUUUACGUUAGUCGCCGGGUUCUCUUGCUUAGGAAUUGGAUUGUCGUUUCUUUAUGACUCAAAGGUUGGCAAACCAAGCUUUGACUGAGGGGUAAUUUGCGAGUAGCUGUCUGUAUACAACACAAUGAAGAAGAAUGAAAAAUUUGAUUUAUAAUGUGUUUGUGUGCAUGGCGCUUUCUUGACGAUAGCAAGCGUUCGCACAAUAUACGUAUACGUAGAAUCAAGAUGAACAGUUACGCCCAAUCUUGAAGCAUGGCUAUGAUUAAAGAAGGAGUGGAAAGCAUGAUUAGAAUUCCAUACUAGACUUGCUGACGUGAAGUGACUUCAGUUGCAAAUUUUACUGCAUCAUAUGCAUGCAUAAAAAUGCUUAUGGCAAACAUUUA